UCUUGUGGUGAAGCGUCUAGAUACGAGAAAUCUGCACACAGCCAGCCUGUUGAAUAUAGCUAGUUAGCUCGCUUAUUUGAUCGUUUUAGGGUAAAAGAGGACAUAGAAUGUUAAACACAUGGUAAUGACAUGUAAUUUUAAGCUUUUUUAAUGCCAUUUGACUGAAAGAAUACUCGGCAAACGAGCCAAGCUGUUCGCCUAAAAAGAGACAUUAACUAUAGCUAGUAAUGCAAGGGUCACAAAACCUUUUUUCACUAUGUUGAAAUUCAGCUUCAGGAGGGAGAAAGACAAGGAGUUUAAGCAUAUAGCUCAUGGUUUGAUCCCUGCCGCCUCCAUUGCUCCCAAGCCUGCUGUGCCUCGUACCCCGCCCCCACGCAGCCCAGACCCCUCACCUGAGAGACCCAGAUCCGCCUUAGCAGCAGCCAUCUUGUCUUCUUCGCUCACUGGACAGACAUGGGCCAUCCCCCCUGUCUGGCCAAGGUCUUUGUCUGAGAGUGGCCAAUCAGAGUCCUUCAUAUCUGAACCAAACAUCAGCACAGACAUUUUCCUCAGAGAUAGAUGGUCAGAAGAUUUGGCUAGCCGACCACGCCUGUCCUCCCCUGACCACUCAGAGGAGGAGUUAGAAGACAAGGAAGAAGAGGAGGUGGAGAGUGAAGAGGACAGGGAAGAACAUGUUUACCAAACUCUGGACAGACCGGAGAAUUGUUCAAUCACAGAACCUGUCUAUUCCCUGCCACUAAAAGCUAAGACCAGUACACCCCAUCUGAAUCAGAUGUCUGGCAAAAGAGGGCCUUCUCCAGCCGCACUAUCCAUCCUAACCCCUGCCCAACCCAGCCAAGCCAAAAAACCCAAACACCCCACCCAGCUAUCUCCAGAGCCCAGCAGGGCAUGCAGUGAGGUGCAGAGGGACGUAGCGUGGGCCCUGCCAGAGAAGAACACAAGGAUGGUAGAUGAACAAAAGUUACUGGAGGAAAGACUGCAACGGCUUGAACAGGAGAUCAGUCACAGCCAAGCCUCCUCAAACCUGAGGUCGUCUGCAGGCAGCCAGGCAGAGCUACUGAAUUUGAGGCAACAUGCUCAGGAGCUAGUGGAUGAAAAUGACGCCCUCAAAUUGACAGUGCACCGUCUGAAUGUGGAGCUGAGCCGCUACCAAACCCACUUCAGACCACUGUCCAAACAGGAGAGCUCCAGAAUCAAUGGCUUACCAAAGACGGGGUCUCCUCCUCCCUGGCUGCUUGACAUGAAGUAUUUAUCUCCUUUGUUGCUGGCCUAUGAAGACAGGAUGAACGAGAAAGAUGCACUUCUGCAAACCACUGAGGAAGAGGUGAAGAGGUUGCGUGUUCAUGUAGAGGAGGUGAUCAAAGAAAAUGAGAGACUCCAUGAUGAAAUCGCAAAGGUUGGAGGCAUCAGCCAAAAGAGCUGUCAUCAACUACAACAACAGGCCCUUCUGGUUUUGCAGGAGAACCAGGUCCUGAUUGAUCAGCUUGAGGCUCAGCAUGUUAAGGCCAAGGCCAGCCACAACAGACACUAUUCUGAAGUUUCCAAACUGUCUAAGCAACUGAUGUUGUUAGAAGCGGAAAAGCAGCGUUUGCUGGAGGACCUGGAAGAGAGCAGGACGGAGGUGCAGAAAAAUGGGAGGGAGUUACUAGUCCUGCAGGCCCGCCUGAAGGAUGCCAUCACCUGGGACGAACAUUGCAAUGUUUCUGGGAAACUCAGACGGCAACUGGAACAGCAGGAGAGUAGGAAUAAGAGUGAGAUGGACGAGUUGCUUCUCAGAUUGUCCAGCCUGCAAGAGGAGAAUAGGAAUCUGGCUCUGGAAAAAGCCAACCUGACUGCUGAUAUAAGGAGAAUGGAGGCUGAGCAGGAGCUUGCCAAACAAGCCAACAGGAAGGCUGAGAGGAGGAUGAGUGUAUUGAAGAGACAGAAGGAAGAGUGUGUGCUGAAGGAGGAAAAGACUCGGCAUUACAUGGGAGCUGUCAUUUCUGUGGCGGAGCACAUUUCCCAGGAGAGAGACCAACUAAUACAGAUGGCUUCAGUUCUUCAGCAGGAAAAGCAGGGAUUCGUCAGCAGGAUUCUAAAUGGCACAGUUCAAUUCGGAAAACUACAGGAAGCAGUCAAAGUGUACCGAAAGCAGGCGUCAACCAGACUGGCAGUGUUGGAGGAGGCAGCAGAGGGGAGGACAGCUUCUUACCAGAGGGAGAUUCUCCACCUGCAGAGGCUGCUAAGAGAAAGACAGGAGGCUGAGGAGAGACUGCUGCAGUCCAAACGGGAAGUAGAGGAAGAGUUGGAGGUGGUGUGGCAGGCGGCAACCAGGGAGAACCAGCAGAUGAGGGAGACUCUUUUGGACUCAGGGCUCACUGUGGACCUCCACAGUCGGGCCGUUUCUGGCAGUGCCUCUCCUGGCUGGCUUUCUUAGGAUUCAGAUGACACCACGACCACAAUCCCAUCAGCAUCUGGGCUCCAGAGAAGGUCCAUAAUUAAAUCUGACUCAGAUAACCAAAAGCAACUACUUGGACGAGAAGCAUAAACUUGGGCUGGAUUUCUAUUGCUAAGCUCCUUAUCCAUAAACCAUAGGUGUUUUAACUCAUGAUGGAAAGAUAGACUGGGUACAUUAGUUACAGUCCUAAACAUGUCAGCAUACAGGCAUCUGCCAGAUUGACUUUGUUACACAGAUAAAACCUUAAACUUGCGCCAUCCUCUGUAACAAACUCAUAUUUGAAUUUAACUUUAAGCAUGUCUCGUUUGUACAACGAAGGGGAGGCAAUAGUAGUCUGGGUAAUUUCACUUCUUACUUUUUUCCUGUAAGGGGAACUUGGUUUGGACAAAGGGAUUUCAGUAAAACAUAUAAAACAUUGGAGUGAAAAAAAUCAUAAUAAAACAGCUGACUUUAUAACAGCUCAGUUUUGACAGUGUGGCCAAAUAUACCUGACAUCAGUCUGGGUAGUCAGAAAGACUGCACUUUUUAUAAAGAUUUAUAAAAGAUUGUUUUAUUUAUUUAUCUUUUUAAAUUCGUCUCAGGGUUUUAUAGACCAUGCCAAGUAUAAAAUAUGAACAAGUAUACCAAAUAGUGGAGAAAGUUGCAUUAUUUAGCUUGAUUAAGACUAUUAUCCUAAACAUAAAGCGAGCUUGUGAUCGGGAGAUUGUCGGCUCAAUCGCCAGACUGACAGGAUAAAAUCUGGGUGGGGAAAGUGAAAGAACAGCGCUUGUCCCUCCUUCAUUACCACCACUGAGGUGUCCUUGAGCAAGGCCCUUAAC